AUGUCUCAGAUAAGCACGCCGCUCAGUCGCUCAGCCGUUGAUCCGUUCUCUCCAUCGUUGAAUCAGGAUCAACAACUCUCACAAGCCGACUUCGAAGAAUUGUUCGGAACAGCUGGUUCAGCACAGCCUGUCUUCUCGUCAAACGACAGCGACAUAUUUGAUGAGCUCGGCUUUACAUACGAAGAAGACUGUAUUGUACCUGGUGAUCCACCAAACCCCUCCGCGAUAUCGACGCCCAAUUUUUCCGACUACGACUUCGGCCUGAACGCUCCAGUGUACCCGACCCCUGGGCCAAACUCACCACAUCCGUACCCACUAGAGCUGCAACCAGUUCAUCCAGCGAUAAUUGAUCAGCAAGACUACAAUCACCGUCCCCGGCCUACACGAUCUCAAACGAAUAAUGCCUACAACUAUCCAGCACAGACACCACAAUGCUACGGUCAUCGUCGUCGAUCGUUGAGUACUAGCGAUGCAAAUCGAAUCGCUGCAAGUAAUAGCAUCAACAACCCAACUUUCAUUCGCCUUCAAGCACCACGCGCGAGAUCAGGUACACCAGAGGACAGGAGAAGGAAUGGUCUAUACUACCGGCAUGGAAGGAGUGCAAGUCAAGGUCCCGCGCAAGGAGACAGACCAACGAAUCCGACAAGUACACCAUACCAUAUCUACAGUGACUCGUUGGUAGGUGGCCUGUUGCCAACACCCAUUGGCACACCACUAAACCAGUUGGCCGAUGUUGAAGAAUUGAAUUACCGCGCUGGCACAACGAUUCAUACAAUCCACUCGGAAGGCCCGGUGUUUCGACACAUGAGACGCCCUGAAAAAAUGGCACGAAGCAGGCGCAUCAUUGAGAUUGGCGCUCUCGUCGUUUCCAAUCGCUCCAAACUGGACCCUAGACUUGAGCCGCCUAGUCCGACCGCAGAUCGCGCGCGAAUAUUGGAGAAACUGGGUGAUAUCGAAGAACAUCUUAGGAAUAAGGAAGGUAAAGAAGCACUCCCGGCGUGUAUGACGAUUCGCGUUACGCUGUCAAGGAACAUGGACGCUGAGGAUGUGGAUGUGGAUGUAGCGGACAAUACAGUAGGAGUCUGUUCAGAAGCGCCCGGCAAGGAGCGCAUGGAAACGCGAUGUGAUACGUACAACGAUCAUGACGAUAACGAGAUCAUGGAAAUGUUCAGCGUUCCCAUCGUACAGUAG